AUGACCAAUAUCGACCUGCUGCCAGUCGAACUCGUCCUGAAAAUUCUCGCCAGUCUCGGCCAGUCAGACAAAAACGCUCUCGCGCAGACAUGUCGACACCUGAACCGGCCGUGCAACGAAGCCCUCUACCGCUUCAACCGGGAUCACAGAAAGAGCUCGGCCGCGCGAUGGGGUGCCGGAAGCGGCUCGAUAGGCACUUUAAAACGCUGCGCAGCGAUUGGUGUUGACAUUGCCGACCCCUCCUUGGAGCUAUUACACUACGGCGCCAUGAAUAAGCAGGCAGAGCUGGUCCGGUACUUGCUGACGCUCGACGGCAUCGACGCCGCACACAAAGACGACUCGGAAUGGACGCCCUUGUUUUACGCAUGUAGGGCCAACGCAGUCGGUGUUGUGGAAGCCCUGCUAGAGCACGGUGUUGAUGGCGCUGCACCGGGUCUUGAGGGCUGGACGCCUCUUAGUAUUGCCUCUAGUUUUGAUUCCUGCGAGGCCGCCCAGGCUCUGAUCAACCACGGCGUGCCCCUCGAUACGCAGAGUAACAAUGGGUCCACCGCUCUCAAGGCCGCAUCCAGGGGGUGUUACCCGGCCGUUGCUCGAGUCUUGCUUGACGCCGGUGCAGAUCCGGACCUUCCUGCCUGUGGUGGCUGGGUGCCCCUUCACUCGGCCGCCAAAUUCGGCAACCUGCAACUGGCCGAGCUUCUGAUCAAGUACAGUGCCAGAAUCGAUAUUCGACAAGAGCGCGGCUACACACCGUUGACUCUUGCUGUCGAGACAGAGUCUGUGCCCGUGAUUCAGUGCCUCAUUGACCACGGCGCCGACGUGAACUCUGUCACAAGUGCUGGCUGGUCACCUCUCUGCCUUGCCGCCGACAUUGGCAAUAAAGAAAUUGUGAGCAUACUGCUCAAGCACGGCGCAGACCACUCGUUUGCAAUCGCCAAUGAGUGGUCGGCACUUAACCUUGCCACCUACAAUGGCAAGAUGGAUAUUGUUGAUGUGCUAUUGGAGCAUGGCGCGCUGGCCGAUGGCUGUCCAGAUGUUGGCAAAACCACAAUUGUCAACGCCAUUGAUAGAGGCAAUGUCAAGAUUGCCAAGAAACUGCUGCUCCAUGGUGCGCGCGUCGAUGUGCGCACAAACAAGGGCGAGACGCCACUCAUGCGCGCCGUCCGCAGCCACAAGACGAACUUUGUGCAUCUCCUCCUCGAGCACGGCGCAAACGCCAGCGCCCAGAACAUUACCGGCUGGACGCCCCUAAUAGCCGCCGCGCACGAGGGCCACGACAAGGCCAUUGCGCCGCUGCUGCAAGCUUCGGGCAGCAAUGUCAACUACUCGGACGCGGACGACCGCACGGCGCUCAUCCACGCCUGCAUGCGCGGGCACACCAAGGUCGUCACCGUGCUGCUAGGGAACUACCCCGUCAACCUGGUCUGCCGCGACAUAUGGGGCUCGACGGCGCUGUCGAUGGCGGUCCGCAACGGCCGUACGGAGAUUGCGGCAGCACUGCUCCGGCGGCUGGGCCCCGAAGACGUGCACGGGGACCAAGACAAGCUCGGUCGCUCUGUAUACUGGUGGGCUACGCGUAGUGGAAGUCGAGAUAUGUUGCGGAUCUUGCAGCAAUACUGCAUCUUGCACGACCUGAAGCCGACUGUCGACCUGAUGCGCCAAGGCCCCAUAUCGACUCCGUUCACCGAGACCAGGUGCUGGUGCGACAUUUGCGGCCAAUGUAGUAUACACAAUCACGAAACCCAGGCGUGUACCGUCUGUAAUGACGGCGGGUUUCUCAUCUGUGUCUUUUGCAAUGAGCUGGGAGCCACGUGCCGAGGAAAGGAACACACGUGGCAGUGUUUUACGUGUGAUGGAGCUUAG